AAGGAAAUCCGUCUUGGACUCAUUAUCAGUAUAUAAGUUAUGCUUUAAACUUUGUAAACCAACUUUUCCCGAAGAGAACGAUGGAUGCUCUGACGAUUCUUCUGUGUGUGCUUCUAACCACUACAGGCUUUCAAGGAUUCAGCAAAGCAACAACCAUUUGGUCAUUGACAACAGACUUUUAUGACACAACAUUGGAUCCAUCAGCAGAACCAUGUGGUGACUACAUGACAGAUUUGAUGGGUGAAUUUUCCAGCCCUCAGUACCCUAACAAUUAUCCCAAUAAUGCACGAUGCACGUGGACCAUUCACAGCACAGGACAAACAACAGUGCUCUUGACCUUCACCUUUGUGGAUUUGGAAAAAUGCUGUGAUUACAUUAAAGUAUUUGACGGUCCUACUUCACUUUAUCCUUUACUGGGAGAACUGCGAGAGAACAGGAGACAAUCUUUUAACUCCACCCAGAAUGAUGUGACUGUGGUGUUCUACAGCGAUGGCAGUGUAACCAAAAAAGGAUUUCGUGCAGAUUGGGUCUUUGUAGAUUCCAAAUCAUGCAGGAAUUAUUGUGGAUAUAGUUAUACCACUUGUUCAUGCGACGACAACUGCCAGUACAACAGAAACUGUUGCCAUGACUACAAGAACUACUGUGUAAAAACAACUGACUGGCCAGAUUUUGAGACAACUACAGUUGCAGGUCCAACAACAUCCUCAGAUGGCUCCUCCUGCAGGGAUAGCUGUGGCUCAUUUGUUGGCACUUGUGCAUGUUACAGUGCUUGUCAAGCUCUGGGUAACUGUUGCCCUGACUUUAAAACCUACUGCUCAUUGACAACGUAUGAACCGGAUUCAACAAAUGGGGAUGUGAUUUACUCAUGUGAGUAUGACUGUGGCUAUGACUUUGGCAUUUGCUCUUGCGAAAGCUCCUGUCAGUACCAUGGCACCUGUUGCUUUGACUUUGAGUGGUAUUGCCCAGUGUCCCCAACAACCACUACAACCAUGACAACAGGCUCGACAGAACUGUCCACAACAACAAUUACAACCAUGACAACAGGCACGACAGAACAUAUUUAUGUGGAUUACUUUUGCGAGUUUAGCUGUGAUAUUGACUUUGGCCCUUGUUCAUGCAAGAGUUCUUGUCAGUACCUUGGCAACUGUUGCCCUGACUAUGAGUGGUAUUGCCCAGUGUCCACAACAAUGCCCCCUACAACCAUGACAACAGGCUCGACAGAACAUAUUCAUGCGGAUUACUCUUGCUGGGAUAACUGUGGCAUUGACUUUGGCACUUGUUCAUGCGAGAGUUCUUGUCAGUACCAUCUCAUCUGUUGCUUUGACUAUGAGUGGUAUUGCCCAGUGUCCACAACAAUCAGUACAACCAUGACAACAGAGAUUUACUCUUGUUGGGAUAAUUGUGGCAUUGACUUUGGCACUUGUUCAUGCGAGAGCUCUUGUCAGUACCAUGUCAACUGUUGCCCUGACUUUGAGUGGUAUUGCCCAGUGUCCACAACAACCACUACAACCAUGACAACAGUUGUGGAUUACUCUUGCUGGGAUAACUGUGGCAUUGACUUUGGCACUUGUUCAUGCGAGAGCUCUUGUCAGUACAAUGGCAACUGUUGCAUUGACUAUGAAUGGUUUUGCCCAGUGUCCACAACAAUGUCCCCUACAACCACAGAACAUAUUCUUAUGGAUUACUUUUGCGAGUAUAGCUGUGAUAUUGACUAUGGCCCUUGUUCAUGCAAGAGCUCUUGUCAGUACCUUGGCAACUGUUGCAUUGACUAUGAGUGGUAUUGUCCACUCUCCACAACAUUCAGUACAGCCAUGACAACAGAGAUGAUUUACUCUUGCUGGGAUAACUGUGGCAUUGACUUUGGCACUUGUUCAUGCAAGAGCUCUUGUCAGUACCAUAGCAACUGUUGCCCUGACUAUGAGUGGUAUUGUCCAGUGUCCACAACAACCAGUUCAACCAUGACACCAGAGAUGAUUUACUCUUGCUGGUACAGCUGUGGCAUUGACUUUGGCACUUGUUCAUGCAACAACUCUUGUUACUUCCAUGGUAACUGUUGCCCUGACUUUGAAUGGUAUUGCCCAGCGCCUACAACAUCAUGGCCAUCCAUAACAGAUAAUCACCCAGCAUGUGGAGGACACCUGUAUGGUUCUGGGAUGUUUUCCAGUCCCAACUAUCCACACUAUUAUUAUGACAAUGCAUACUGUGUGUGGUAUCUUUCUGCCCAGGCAGGACAGAGGAUCUCCUUGUCAUUUGCCGAUGUACAAUUGGAGCGCUGCUGUAACUGUGACUACAUCUCUGUACAUGAUGGUUCUUCCACUGGUCAUCAACAAUUGGGAAAGAUCUGCUUCAAUGCCAACACAAACCAGACGUUUCACUCAUCUUCUCGAUACUUGACCGUUGUCUUCAGGAGUGACUACUCUGGUGUCAGUCAUGGCUUUAAGGCCCAGUUCACAAGCUCUUUGACUGCAGAUCAAGGUCGUGUGGACUGUUCUUCAGACAACAUGGUUAUUGUCAUUAGAACAUCGUACCUGAAUUCACUUGGGUUCAAUGGAAAUGACCUUUAUGUGGAUGACCAUCGAUGCAGACCCACCAUUAACAGUACUGAGGUUGUGUUCCUCUUCUCUCUCAACACGUGUGGCACUGGCAAAGAGAUGAUGAAUGGUUAUGUGACUUACACCAACAACGUGCGGGCAUCUCAGGCUCAAACGGGCGAGAUCACCCUUCAGCCACAGUUUCUGUUACACGUGGGCUGCAGAAUGGAGCCGGACACUGUGGUGCAGAUACUCUACAAGGCCAAAGAGGACAUCAAUGCUAACCUCACAGGAGCGGGUCGCUUUAAUGCCAGCAUUGCCUUUUACACCUCUAGCAGUUUCAACCAACAAAUUUUUCACUCUCCAUAUGAAGUGAACCUUAACCAAUACAUGUAUGUUCAGGUUUGGCUAAACAGACCUGAUACGAGCCUGGAUCUCUUCCUGGAGACCUGUGUUGCAUCUCCAGAUCCAAAUGACUUUAAAACCCGCUCCUAUGACCUGCUGCGUAAUGGAUGUCCCAGAGACAGCUCAUAUUAUUCCUACAUCAACGGUCAGCAGUAUUACGCAAGGUUCCGUUUCCAGGCUUUUAAGUUCCUUCGGACUCAUGCCAAUGUGUACCUGCAGUGUAAGGUGAUCAUUUGCCCAGAAAAUGAUUACAACUCUCGGUGUCGUCAGGGGUGCCGUUUACGUCGCAAGAGGACCCUUGAAUCCAACCACCACUCCAAUACUGUGAUACUGGGGCCAAUCACACUCAAAGUAGAAAAGCCUGGUGUGAAGAAGUCUGAGAGGAGAAAGAAAUAAAGAGAUCAUCUUCAUUGGCUGAAAACAGUGAUAAUUAUCAAAAAUCUCUGUUAACCACUUCUGUAUCCAAAUCAAUAAAGCAUUCCUAAACAGC